AUGGUUGAGCGUUGGAGGCCAGAGACUCAUUGCUUCAACUUACCUUUUGGUAAGGUCACGAUUACAUUACAGGGUGUGCAGGUCUUGUUUGGUUUGCACAUCGAUGGUGAUGUUGUGUACAUGCAGGAUGUUGCACGGAGGAUUCGUUCAUGGCGUACUUUAUUAGAGACACUCAUAGAAUGUGCCAUAGCACCUGCUAAUAUGGAUGGUGCGAGCCAGGUGAGGAUACAUAACAUUACCCGCUACUUGCGAGAUCAAUUACAAGUAGAUCUGAUAAGAGAUGGUACUCCAGUGGAGCGGGUUGAGAAAAUUUCUAGACUUUACAUGUUUGUUAUAUUGGGAGGCAUCUUAUUUCCGAACACGUCGAGGAACCUUAUUAGUUUACAAUACCUGGCGUUCCUAGAUCCCAUCCACAACGUAGAUAAGUACAGUUGGGGCAGUGCAGUGUUGUCCUACUUGUACCGUGCACUUUGUCGGGCAUCUAUCGAUAAUGUGGUUGACAUUUGUGGAUUUAUUCCUCUCCUUAAGUUAACUUUACUAAAGUUUUAA